CUCUAUGGCUCUAACCUCACAUUUUUGAAAAUGGAGAGAUUUUAACCGCUGAAGCGGCGUUGAUUCUUGUCCUUAUAUUUCUUAUUUACUAUUUACAAACGUGAAAGGUUUUAAUUUACACAUAAUUCUCCUCCAAAAUGAAUAUUUCACGACAGAACGAAAAAAGCUUCAUGGAGAGCGUCCGCCUGGAUUCCCAAAGAAUAGAAGUAGCAGGAAGAACUGUAGAAAAUUUCUUGAGCAAGGAUAGCUUAGCACCCACCUUAACUAAUUUAUUGAAUGUGUCGCCGCAGUCGGGCCCCACGGCCAGCGGUUUUAUCGAGCAUGAUUAUCCAGUUUUGAGUAGCAUGCAACUAACAGUAAACAGCAUGACACAGAUGAAAUCAUUGAAAACAGUUCCUCUUCCUCCUGAAAUUAUGGAACAUUUCGGACAUGUGCAAUGCCACUGUAUGAUGGGGCUAUUUCCUGAAAUAAACCGCGCUUGGUUAACAGUGGACAGUGACAUUUAUGUGUGGACAUAUGAAGAAAAUUCUGAUCUGGCCUAUUUUGACGGAUUGAGUGAAACAAUUCUUUGUGUAGGAUUAGUGAAACCAAAACCUAGAGUUUUUCACAAUUUUAUCAAGUAUCUGUUAGUGGUGUGUACUUCUGUAGACAUAGUUGUUCUGGGCGUAACAUUUGGAGAAAGUCCUAAUGAUACAAUGGCUGAGAUACAGUUGAUACCCGAUCCAGUGUUCACUAUUCCCACAGACGGUGCAACAAUAUCUACAGUGGUUGGAACGACCCAGGGGCGAAUAUUUUUAGGUAGCAAAGAAGGAAACGUGUUUGAGUUAGAAUAUCAAGCUGAAAGUGGAUGGUUUGGAAAGAGAUGUAAGAAGGUAAAUCAUUCCACAAGUACCUUGUCCUUUUUGGUACCAGCUUUCAUUAAUGCAGCUCUGGGGGAGGACGAUGGAAUUGCUCAAAUUUCAGUUGAUAACUCGAGACACAUUUUGUAUGUUUUAACAGAUAAAGGUGCUAUUGAAGUGUGCGAUUUAGGGGAAAAGGGGAAUUGCUACUCUCGUGUAACUAAAGUAUCCCAAUCUAAUCUUGUGCAGCAAGCAGUUCACACUGUUAAAACUCUAGAUUCUCAAAGCUUUCGUCCAAUUGUUUUUAUAAGUGCAGUGGAAAGUGCGGAAUCUCCAUUCACAAACUUGGUCGCAGUCACACAAACUGGUAUCCGUUUAUAUUUAUCUACCUCAAGUUUGAGUAAUACUCAACCUAACCAACGACCGUAUACUUUAUGCCUGCAGCAUGUCAGAUUACCACCAGGUUAUUCGGCAAACAUAACGGUAAGACCUAGGAUGGUGCAUACAGGAAGUUAUAGGGACCGUAAUUGUGUGUUAGUGUCAACGGUGAAUGAAAUUGAUGUUUUGUGGUGUAUAUCUGCUGACAUGUUUCCAUUCAGUCAUUCCUUGAUGGAAGCAUAUACCACACUAAAUUUAGGGGCUUCAGCCAUAGCAGUCUCAGAAGUUAGGCAAGCACUGCCAUCUACAGAACUUUACGAUCCUCUUCAGGAGCUUGUACCCCUUGUUGUUCGUCAACAUUAUGAGCCGCCUAAAAAAUACGUAGUUUUAACAUCUCAAGGGGUUCAUAUACUUCUGAAACUCCGUCCUGUGGAUCUCUUAAGACAGUUCCUCCUUGAUGGGCGAGGCGCAGACUCGGAGGCGGUCAAGAAUUUCUUCAUGAUCGAAACGGAAGAUCAGGCGUGUGCCACAAGUUUGAUUUUAGCCUCUCUGGAGUCCCAGACGAACGCAGAGCUGGCCGAGGCUGCCACAAGGGCCUUUUUCAUCUUUGGAGGUGAACCUAAGCUUGCAGGAAGCACGGCAUACAACCAAACUCACCUCAGAACCGCCCUUUUUCAACCUAACAUAAUUUCAACACCUGCCCCUCAUCAUUUGAGUCAAAAUCAAUUUCAGGCGGGAAAUUUGAGCCUCACCCAGAAUAUGCCGUUCGACGCCACUUCGAUAUUUCAGUUUUCCUCCAAACACAACGGACUCUAUCUGUAUUUUGGUAGAAUUUUGAGACCGGUUUGGAGUAGGAAUUGUGUACGACAAGUUGUCUUGGAUCCCAAAUCCAAAGUUUUCGUUUUUUCCUCAACCGUUGAUGGUGAGCAAGUUGGGAUGGUUUUGAAUAACCUCAUGGCUUUGCACAACUUCCUCCUGAUGAAUACGCAGCUCUGCGUUUGUGGACCCACUCAAAGUCAAAAUAUUUCCAUGAAUAAUACCAUGGUUCGGUCUAGUUAUACCAUACAGGAUGCGCAGUUGGAAGAAAGGCAGUCCCUGGACUCCCUCAAAAUGAUGGUUUGCCAUUGCUGCCAAGUCCUCGGGCUCUGGAAAAUUCUCUGCGAACAUCAGCUUCAUGAUCUGAUUGCCUCGAUGCAGGAAAACCACCAAAAAAUGUUGGAAAAUACAACUUUCAAAGAUUUGUGCCUUCAAGGCCAAGAAAUGUGUAGCGCUCUCAUAACAUCCCUGGUCAACAGUUACCUAGGUGAUAACGCAUCUGUCGAUUCCAUUGCCGGCAGAUUGAGACAGGUGUGCCCAAGCUUUUACAAAUCCGAGGAUGCUGCAUUUUCCAAGGCUAUCGAAAUGUUGAAGGCUUCUCAAGGUACACAAAACUCCGAUGAAAAAGAAGAACUCAUAACGUCCGCGUUGAACCUAUGCAAGUCUAUUACACCAAACAUAAUCCUGCGAGAGGUUUGCAUCCAGUUCACCAAUCUGAAAGCUUAUAAGGCAGUAAUUGAACUGUGUUACAUAACCGCCAUGAAAGUUGAUCCCGAUAGAAUUGCGGAACAUUUCUAUAAACACAGGGACGAAGCUGAUAAUGAAGGACUCAGCUACUAUUGUAAAAGAGAUGAAAUUUACCAGGAAAUUCUGCACAUGUUGGAUACCGUCCACCAGCAGAGCGAAGAUUCUAACGCCAGUAACGUAAGCAGACCUCAGUCUGUUCCAGAAGAAAACGUAGAUAUGACAAGGAGAAUAAUCCAAGAAAUCCUCGAUACUGAUGACGAUAUAAUGCAAAUCACGGUGUACGGUUGGAUGAUUUCCAAGCACAUGACCAAUGAUCUCAUCAAAAUAAGUAAUCAUUCUUUAGAAAUGUUCCUUACUCAUCAUUCGCAGCAGAAUUGCGACAUUGAGGUUAUGGAUCUACUCUGGAAAUACUACGAAAGCAAUAACAAUCAUUCCGCGGCCGCGAAGAUAUUGGCCAAUUUGGCUGCCGUUGAGGGAAACACUCUCAAUUUGAAGCAGCGUUUGGCUUACCUUGCACGGGCGAUAAUGUGUAUGAGCAGUUCUCAAACAGGAUACGCCCCUUGUCUUGGCGUAUACCUAAGGGACUUGGAAGACAAACUGGACGUCGCGAAGGUUCAAGAACAGAUACUCAGCGCUUUGAAAAAUAUGAACAAUGGCCGCACUCCCUCUAUCAAUGACGCCAUAUCCGCUUUAGAUUCAGGGCUUUAUCAGAUCUCUCAACUUUAUGAGAAUUUUGCCGAACCGUUCGAAUUAUGGGAGUGCAAAUUGGCGAUCAUCGAGUGUGCGGGAUACUCAGAUGCUCCAUUGGUAGAAUCUAUAUGGAAGAAUAUAUUGAAGAAUGAAUUGAAGAGUUCGGCCCAUAUAAAUAGCGCGAAUGAUAGGUUAAGCCAAAUUCUGAGUAAAGUUAAACUGUUAGCUAGGACAUAUUCGUCUUCAGUUAAUUGUUUCCCAUUGGAAUAUUUAGUACACGAAUUAGAAGUUAUAAGUGUGACACUCAGAGCUUCGAAAUCUCUGGUACCAAGAAGUCUAAUUUCCAUGAACAUCCCAAUGGAAAAACUGAUAAUCGUCUACAACCGAUUAAUAUCGAUCACAAGUAACGAAUCUUUCUGGAAAACUGAAGAACAUGAGUUCCAUUUUGCAGAGUCCAUUGCAGCUUUGAUCAACUGCUUCUUAGAAGAUAGCGGUCAAUACAACAAUGUUGCCAAAAGAAGGGUGAUUUCUCUGUGCCAAGACGCUGUCGCUGGUAUUUUGUCGAAUCUUUACAGUAAACCAAACACAGAUGAUCUGGUCACCGUUUUAAGGAGCAUCCAGGCCAGGCUUUCUAGGUUAUGAAUUCAUAAAAUCGUUAUUUUGUGUAUCUUGUGAUUUUGGAAUUGAUUAAGAUUUACAAACUUGUGAAGGAUAAUUUAUAUUUUUAUUAAAGAAAUUGUAGUUUCA